GAAUAGACGGCGGGGAUGUCGAACGAAGAUCGAAUUGUAUAAAGACUGCUCUCGGAGCCGGACAUCUAAGAUAUUGGAAGCACUAUCAGCCGCAACCACCGCAGCAACAACAGUCGCUUCUACAACAAAGACACUCACAAUCGUUUCCAACAUUCGCUACAAGCCCGGUCUUACUACGACAAUAUCAACAAUGGUUCGCAUCUCCGCCCUUUCGGCCGCCGGCCUCGCUCUCGCCGGCUGCGUCUCUGCCCACCCCGGCGAGCACCACAGCCAUGACCACAUGAAGCGCAACAUCCAGCUCCGUGACAACGUCGCCGCCAUUGGCCAGCGCUCCCUGAACGCCUGCUCCAACACUGCCGGUGCUCAAGCUAUGAAGAAGCGCGCCGUUGAGCGCCGUGCCCAGAAGGUCAAGGACAUUCGCGCCGCCAAGGGCCUCAAGACCCCUGCCCGCAAGUACCGCCGUGAUGCGGACGAGCUCACCGCCUGGGAGGCCGUCAACCACAACAUGACCGCCUCCAGCGACAACGGCAUCUUCACACCCCUUGAGGAUGUCUUCAGCGCCAACACCUCCUGCGUCUUGGCUCCCGAGAUUACCGACGGCCCCUACUACAUUGUCGGCGAGAACAUGCGCUCCAACGUCAUUGAGCAAAAGUGGUGCGAUGGUGUCCCCGUCUUCCUCGAGGUCCAGUACGUCGACGUCGCCACCUGCGACCCCAUCCCCCAGGUCGCCGUCGACAUCUGGAACUGCAACGCCACCGGUAUCUACUCCGGCAUCUCCACCAACGGCAACUACGCCGCCGACGGCAUGAACAGCACGUUCCUCCGCGGUAUCCAGCUCACCGACGCCGAUGGUGUCGCCCAGUUCGAGACCAUCUUCCCCGGCCACUACGAGGGCCGCGCCACCCACACCCACUUGCUCUCGCACACCAACGCGACCCUGAUGCCCAACGGCACCAUCUCCGUCUGGAAUGCUCCCGUCAGCCACAUCGGCCAGGUCUUCUGGCCCGAGACCAUCCGCUCCGCCGUCGAGGAGCUCUACCCCUACAACACCAACGAGCAGAGCAUCACCUCCAACGCCGACGAUAUGUGGUCUAUCCUCCAGGCCGAUGCCUCCUACGACCCCUUCCCCCAGUUCGUCUAUCUGAGCGACGACCUCCAGGACGGUCUCUUCGCCUGGAUCCAGAUCGGUGUCAACGCCUCCGCUGACUACACCGAUGACGACUACUACAACAUUGCCGGCUACCUUGACGAGGAUGGCGGUCACUCUACCGGCCAGACUGUUGGCGGCGGCGGCGGCUCCGGCGGUCCCGGUGGUAACGGCACCAUGAGCGGCAGCCCUCCUUCCGGCACCGCUGCUCCCUCUUCAUAAGGCGCAUUAGCCGACGGACCUGACGUGGGAUUUUCAGAAAAACCGGCUCAAAUUUCUUUAUUGUAUGAUAGAACUUCAGAUACCUUUAGAUGCAUUGAACAUACAACCGCGGUGGAAUUGAGCGCACCAAUACCAUUUCAUUCAAACUUCAUACUUCUC